CAGCAGGCGGACCCUGCAUGUUCCCCUAGCUCCACCUCACAGCAGCUCCCACGCUCUCUGCCCUGCUACAUAAAAAAAAUCUGAGCCGCUGAAAACCAGAGGAGAUUCUUUUCAGCUCAGGUAGUUAGUGAAGGACAUCAGAUUGCCUUGGAACGGGUUCUAGUGUUUUAACAUGGCAUGUAUAAAAACUCUGCUGUCUGUGGGAGCAUGUAUGACUGCUUGGAGCAUGAUCACAGGUGACACUUCUGUUCCCAAAGCACAGAAUGUUCAUUGGACAUCUCUAGAUUUUCAAACUAUUCUCAAAUGGACUGUUGAAGAGUCUGAGCAUACAUAUACCGUCCUGUACUCUGAAAAAAAUCACAACUGGAUGGAAGUUGAUAACUGCUUCAGCAUAUCAGAGACUGAAUGUGAUAUGACUCAACAGCUUGAAGCCUCGGACAAGAACUAUGAAGCUGAUAUCAGAGCAGACUCUGACCACCUUUCUGAAGAGUUUGGCUCGGACUAUGACUUUCCUCAUACCUAUGCCCCAGUGUUUAAUCCCUACAAAGAGAGCAAUAUCAGCGCUUUGGAAUUUUCCAUCACGGAUGUUGAUGAGGGCACCGUCAUCCUCAACAUCACACAUCCGCUGACCUCCAUCACUGUGGGAGGGAAGCGGCAGACCAUCAAGGACAUUCUGAAAAAUGAUCUCGGGUAUAAGAUCAUCUACUACAAGUCUGGAAGCACAGGAAAGAAAGAUAAGAUUGCUGACUCCAGCUCAGUAGAAGUUUCAGGACUGGAUGCUGGACAGAGCUACUGCUUCAUGGUGGCAGCUUUCAUUCCCUCCCGACCUAAAGCCACCCGACUUGGAGCCUGGAGCACACAGCAGUGUAGACGAGGAGACACACACUUCACACAAGAUUUAAGCCUUGGAGCUUGGGUUGGCAUCAUCUUCAUCCUAAUCACAGUCAUCAUUGUCUUCAUCACAGCAACUAUCCUCUGCUGCAGAAGAAAUCACAAAAGGCACAAAAACAUCCAAACAGCUCAGUCAUCAGUUCCUAUUUAAGGCGCACAGUAUUUUCUGUCUGUCCUUUUUUUACAUUUAUCUGAACACAUUUCAUGCUUUCUGAUAGGAGGAUGAAUAGAUGUGCAUAAUGAAGAAAAUAAGGUUUUCAGUCACCAACUCCAGAUUGAUCCUCCUGCUUUAUUGUUUAUCAACAAAAAAGUUAAAACAAUUCAGAAAGUCAGAACAUUGCAUUUCCAUUAACAGAAAGUUGCCGGUAUUACAGCCAAGGAAAUGUUAAGUACUUCAGCAUUGUUGUAUAAUUUUUAGGCUGGUUUUCUGUAUAGCAACAACAAUAAAUCAGAUAAAGAUCCUUGAAAGUAGUUUUCUUUUAGUGUACCAACAAUAUAAAGAAGAAAGUUUAUCUUGUUUAUGUGGAUGUUCUGAUAUUUUUUACUUCAAUAGUUUAUAAAUUCUGUUAUACAUUAUAUUCCAAUAAAAACGAAAAAAUAUUUCCUCCUUUCUUUCCAUUGCACAGACUGAAAUGACACUGUGUCGUAUAGAGUCACUCCAAAUCUUCGUGAUUGCUGACGAGGCUGAUGGUUGAUUACUAACUGUGUUUAGCUGGGAGAGAAAGCAAAGAGGCAGAUUGAGGAAAGAUGCAUAAUCAACCUGAGAUGAACAGAGACUCAAGGAAACAACAAAUCAGCUGGAAAACAGCAACACUGAUGUAGGAGAACAAAAUACAAAUGCACAAAGAACACAAAGAAUAAAUAAAAAAAGUAAAUACUAAGAAACAACCUAUGGCAAGACCUUUUCAACAAUAGUGGUGGUUUCUGAUAUGGGCAACAACUGCCCAGGGUGGCAUCUUGUGGGGACAGCAUGAUCGCCUCCACCCUGCCUCCAUCCUCCAAAGUCUCUGGGCCCCUGCUCUUACAACAGAGGAUCUGGAUGCAAAUAGUAGGUAAUACUUUGUGUUUGUUUAUUGUGUUAUGUUUUUAUUGUGUAAAUCACAUUGAAAUACUUAUAGCUAAAAUGUGCUAUGCAAAUAAGCUUGACUUGAAUAUCACAGGACUUGAGCUGUUAUAAACAAACAACAAGGAAGAUGGAUCAAGUUCUUUAAGAUAGUAUUUGACAUGAAUUGGUUCUAAAAUAUUAACUAAGUUGAAUUCAUGGAUUAAUAGUGAUGAAUUCAGUGUUAACACCAAGGUCAAAUAUGGCUGUCAAACUGAUGGUUUCACUGACAAUACUGGAUUUGCCGGUAAUGGAAAAACUGGGCAGAUAAAUGGUUGUUAUGGUAACCAGUGCAGUUGUAACUGAAGGCAGGACCUGGUAAGUGGGCAGCAAGCCAAGCUGAAGUCAGAUUGAUUUAUCAGCCAUCGUGUGUUACAACUCCAAGGUCUUAUAAAUAUAGACCAUGCAUUCCAUUUCACUUUCAAAUAUGCAAAAUAUCUUUAAGGUUUAAUGUUUCUCCAUGACAUUGUCUGUCACUUGGUGCUCCUUAUAUUAAGAUGAUGUCUCAUGUACAAUUCAACUGGCACUCUAAAUAAAUAAUCAGACUAGCUGUUGGACUGACAGUUUUAUUCCUGGAAUACUUCACAAAAUGUACCAUUUACACUAGAACAGUUUUUUUUUUUAUCUGA